AUGAGGGGUUGUGAGGUGAGAUUAAUAGGGAAUAUAAGGGAAUUGUUUGUAAAUAAGCUGAUUGAUUGUAAGGUUUAUGUUGGACCUGUUUUCGGGUCAGUUUUGAUUGAUGCUGCUAAAGAUUGCAUUUUUAUGAUGGCGUCGCAUCAGACUCUGAUUCAUCAAGCAAAAAGGUGUGAUUUUUAUCUUCGAGUUAGGAGAAGGCCAAUAAUUGAGGAUAGUAAUGGCGUAAGGUUUGCGCCGUAUUGUUUGAAGUAUGAUGGGAUUGAAAAGGAUCUUAAAGAAGCUAAUCUUGGUGAAGAAAUAGGGAAUUGGUUCAAUAUGGAUGAUUUUAAGUGGGUAUCAAUAGAAUCAAUGCUUUGGAGUAAGUCAUCUUUGAAGAAGUAUAGAGACUAA